GUUAGUUUUUUGUUGACGUGAAGUUUUGCGCAGCUGGCCUCGAAUAGGAUGCCAUUUCGGAAAGUGUUUCUGUGAGCCCUCCAGGAAUCGCCGGCGCUCCUCUUCGUGAAGGAUCGUGGUGAGCCGCCAUGCCGCUGGUGACGAGGAGUAUCGAGCCGCGGCACCUCUGCCGCCAGUCUCUGCCCAGCACCAUCAAGAGUGAGCUGGAAUGCGUCACCAACAUCACCCUGGCCAACAUCAUCCGCCAGCUGGGCAGCCUCAGCAAGUCUGCAGAGGAUAUCUUCGGAGAGCUCUUCCUGCAGGCCAGCCACUUCUCUCUGCGAGUCAACUCCCUGGGAGAGAGGGUCGACCGGCUGCAGGUCAAAGUGACGCAGCUCGACCCCAAGGAGGAGGAAGUGUCUUUGCAGGCCAUCACCACCAAGAAAGCGUUCAAAAGCUGCGGCACUCAGGACCAGCAGCUCUUCAUCAGGACCUCCCUGCCCCUCCCUGUGCAGGAAACCUACAGCACGUGUAACCAGCCUCCGCCACUCAACAACCUGAGCAUGUACAGGGAUGAUGGGAAGGAAGCUCUCAAGUUCUACACUGACCCCUCCUAUUUCUUUGAAUUAUGGAAGGAGAAGAUGCUUCAGGACACCAAAGACAUCAUGAAAGAGAGACGCAAGCACAGGAAAGAGAAGAAGGACAACCCCAGAGGGAACCUGAACCCCCGCAAGAUCAAGACGCGCAAGGAGGAGUGGGAGAGGCUCAAGAUGGGCAAGGAAUUUGUGGAGCCCAAGCCUGGAGACGCCAUACACUCCAAUGAGAUGAACGGCAGCAUCAGCUCUGGGGACGGGGGGUACGACGGCUACGGGGAUCAGAACCAGGGCUACGAUCCCCCGCCCCCUCCCAUGUCUCCCGACGACUUCCUGCCCCCACCUCCCCCGGACAUGAGUUACCAGAUAGGUGGUCAACAGGGUUUAGCUCAACAGAAGCGUUCCAGUCUGGUCUCACCCAGCCACCCUCCACCUGCCCCCCCAGGCUCCCCUCUUGGUAGCAGACCAGACUUUGCCCCACCCCCAGCUCCAGCUCCUCCUCCCCCUCCCCCAGCCCCUGGCAUGGACCCUCCUCUGUCUGGAUUCAAUGCCCCACCCCCUCCCCCACCCCCUCCUGCUCCUGGAUUGGCUCCUGUUGGAUUCACACACCCCACCGGCCCCUAACCCACCC